AUGUAUGCACGCGUCAGUCGUCUCAUAAAUGCUGUUCUCUGUACAACUGACGACACCCAAUUUCAUAUGUCUGGACGCGUCAACCUUCCUGUAAAUGCUGUUCUCUUUACAAAUGACGAAGUCCAACUUCAUAUGUCUGGACGCGUCAGUCGUCUCAUAAAUGCUGUUCUCUUUACAACUGACGACACCCAAUUUUAUAUGUCUAAACGCGUCAACCAUCCCAUAAAUGCUGUUCUCUUUACAAGUGACGAAGCCCAACUUCAUAUGUCUGGACGCGUCAGUCGUCACAUAAAUGCUGUUAUCUUUACAAGUGACGGCACCCAAUUUCAUAUGUCUGGACGCGUCAACGGUCCCAUAAAUGCUGUUCUCUUUACAAGUGACGACACCCAAUUUCAUUUGACUGAACGCGUCAACCGUCCCAUAAAUGCUGUUCUCUUUACAAGUGACGACACACAAUUUCAUAUGUCUGUACGCGUCAACCGUCCCGUAAAUGCUGUUCUCUUUACAAAUGACAAAGCCCAACUUCAUGUCUGUCCGCGUCAGUCAUCUCAUAAAUGCUGUUCUCUUUACAACUGA